AUGUCACUACAGGUCAAUGACCCACGGUCGCGUGGCCGUUCCAAGUCUCCGAGCGGGCGAAUCCGCGAUCGUUCCAAAUCUCGCGACAGCCGACUACCCUMUACCGCUCCCGACGCUGCGAGGUCAUCGGAGAGAAAGUAUCUCGUUACCGAUGCGAGGGACGACCAUCUACGGUCAAGAUCCCGCGGCCCCCGCGACAGCAACACUUCAAUCGCUAGUCAUCGAAGCCAUUCUCGAUACGAUGUCUCAGACUCGGCGUCAGAACGGGAUGAUCGCAAGGACCAAUAUCUGCGCAGCGAGCGACGCCGCGACCACUACUACCAAUCGGACGCGGGGGAAAGCAAGUCUGCAAAGCGCGAUGACAGAAGCGGCUAUGCGCGCUCGCCGAACCUUCGACCAGUGAGGUACGACAGUCUCUCAGAUGACUCUUACUCGGACACGGACGAUGAGGCGCUGGCCUAUGGCGAUGCCCCUAGCGAUCUGGAGCGUGAUUUCUACGGAUAUAGAAAGCCAGCGCGUGCGCCCUCGCCUCAUGUAGAUGGUCCAGUUAUGUCUGGGGCGCUCAAUGGCGCUCCCCCUGUCAAGCAGGAUUCGUCUCGUCCCCGUCAUGCUUCAGAUGAGGACAUUCCCGGCCAUCAUCCCAGCUAUGCAAGACCCGGACAGUUCCAGUAUACCAUGCCCUCACAGUAUGGCCAAUUCCAGCCUAGCUAUCCUUCAACGUCAUCUGCGCCGCAGUCGAAUUGGGCCCCCAUUCCAGAGUGCGAACGGCCGGGGUUCGUGCCGCCGUCGUCACAGGCCGAGACGCAAUCGAUCCCAGGAGCAUUUCCGCAACCUGUGUCGACCUACCCUGAGAUGACUGGUGCGCCUACUGCUCCCGUCUUUCCAAUGCCCCAAUAUGCGAAUAUAGGGCAGCAGAAUCCAUACGCGCCUCCCAACGGUCGCCCGCUUUCCGUCUCCAAUGCUUACACUCCGGCCGUCAGCUCUCCGACUCAUCAGCGCGCUUUAUCAGGCGAUGCAAAUACGCAUCCAGCGUACGCUAAUCCUGCACCUUAUCAAUACGCGCAUAUCGAUCCAAAUGUGAAAUAUGGCUCCAAGAAUGGUGCAGUGCCGUACAAGUAUUCUACGACACCCCAGUUCUCCAAGCCGAGUGCAGCGCCAACAGCUGAACCCCAACCUACUAGAGCCAAAUACUCCGCAGUCCCACAAUUUCAGAAGCCAGCCGCGACCACUCGUCAGGAGAAUGAACAGCGAUUUGUCGAGAUAACGCCCGGGAAUCGGACAACUGGCCGCUCUGCCAGUCAUUCUGUCUCCUCUGCGAACAACCUUUCAGUCGCGGGGGCCGCUGACCCAGAUUUUCGACCUGCAAGCCCCAUGCUAGAGCCUUAUAAGGGUACAUAUCAAUCCAUAUCUCCUAUGCCGUCCCCGAUUGUGAUUCCGUCCAAGUUCGACGACGACAUCUCUGACUUCGAACCACUUGACGGAAGCUCAGACGCGGACGGGAGGAGGAAACACUCGCGAAAGAAGUCCAAGGAUGAAAGGGAUCGCAAAGAGCUGAAGCCCGAACGCGCUAAACGUGACAGCAGCCGGGUUCGUCAUGGCCGACAUGAAUCUCAAGACCAGGCAGUGGUAUUGAUCUCACCCGGCAAUGCCCGGAAGAAGGUCACAUUUUAUGACCCCGUUCCGGACGCAGUGACCAUGCAGGAGGCUUUGUCGCACACCAUCAAUAUUGAUACCAAGGCUCUCAUCCGUGUGCUCCCUCACCUAUCCAGCGAGGAAAUGCUAGACUUGCGCAAGGAAUACAAGAGUCACGUGAAGCUACAGGGCAAAGGCAUCAAUAUGGCCAAACAUAUCCGGCUGAAGCUGGGCAACAGUGCGUUUGGAAAAGUAUGCUACGCAACCGCGCUGGGCCGCUGGGAGUCGGAAGCGUACUGGGCCAAUUGCUACUAUCAGUCUAGCACCUCGCGGCGAGAACUCCUCAUCGAGUCUCUGAUGGGGCGUAGCAACAGCGACAUCCGUGAGAUCAAGGAAUGUUUCCGUGACUCAAGGUACUUGGACAGCCUGGAAAAGUGCAUGAAGGCGGAACUCAAGGCGGACAAGUUUCGAGUUGCGGUGCUGCUUGCCCUCGAGGAAACACGGCAGAGCGAGCGUGAGCCCAUCGAUCCCGAUCUGGUCCAGCGCGACGUUCGGGACUUGUACGGGGCGCUGAUGUCACGGCACGGGGGCGAAACCGCAAUGAUCUACAUUAUUGUACGACGGAGCGACGCACACUUGCGGGAGGUGCUCCGCGCUUAUGAGAAGAUCUACAACCAGAACUUUGCCCGUGCGAUGAUUGCCAAGUCGCAGAAUCUUGUGGGUGAAACACUUGCGCAUAUUCUCAAUGGGGCUAUCAACCGACCUAUGCGCGAUGCUCUGCUGUUGCACCAAGCUCUCAGGGAGACUCGUUCGGGCAAGGAGCGGUCCGAACUUCUAAUCUCCCGGUUGGUGCGCUUGCAUUGGGAGCCACGGCACCUGGAACAGGUUAAGAACGAGUAUCGUCGGCGUUAUGGGGAGCGGCUUGAGGAGGCGAUUGCCGAGGAGAUUUUGCCGUCGCCCGGAGGAAGCGAAUGGGGCGAGUUCUGUAUUGAGUUGGCGCGCAGCUCGAAGACUCUUACCGGGCGGGGAUGA